AUGGAUCAUUGGUUAAAAACUGGUAGUUUUAGUAAAAGGAAAACUACAAAACCAACCGAUUCUCAAGACAUGCCGUCAUCGGUUACUAAUCCAGCCGAAGAAUACUUCCCAAAAUGUGAAAAAGGAGACCACUGGAUAGCAUUCCCUUUUAGUGAAAAAUAUUUCGAAUCUGCAGUUUUAUCAGUACGAGAAAAAGAAAAACUUAUUGUACUGAAGACGAAUUCUUCGCUUGAGGUAAUAUUUGAAAAAAUUCUCUCAUCGCUAUUUGGGCUGACGUAA